GUCGAUAAUUAGCGUCCGAGCCAGUGGGUUUCCUAACAUCGGACAGUCGGCGUCGGCAGAACAGUAGGUUUGGGAUUACCAAUCCCGAGAGCGCAGCCAUUCAUCACAAGGGUGCAUCGAAGCAGCUGAUUUUUCUACCCAGCCGACUUUGAUCUUUUCAUUUCGGUUCGAAAGAAGUGCAAGGCUCCAGGAUGGCUUUUCUCGACGAGCGUGGUUUCCUGUACGUGCUGGCGGAUCUGCUGUCGAUCGUCACCAUCGCGUCAUGCCUCAUCUCGAAGGUGCCGCAGAUUCGAACCGUCCAGCAACUGCAGUCGGCCAAGGGACUCAGCGUGAACGGUCUGCUGAUGGAAUUGUGCAGCUACACCGUGACGAUGCUGUACAACUACACCAACGGGUACGCCUUCCUGUCGUACCUGGAGUAUCCGAUUCUGCUCGCCCAGGAGUACGUCCUGGUGUACUACGUGCUGCGCUACGAGUCGCUCCUUGGCCAACGGGCGUACAUGUGGUCCGGCAUCUAUGUGGCGGUGUUUCUCGGUUUCGCCACCGCCAUCAUUCCUUCCUCGGUUCUGAUGAUGCUGGUGCCCUUCACCACGCCGGUCGGUGCCACGAGUAAGGUCAUGCAGCUGAUUGCCAUCCUACGCUCGAAGGACUCGCAGUCGGUCAGUUUGCUCACGUGGGGAAUAUCGGCGUUCACAAACUCUACGCGCAUCUACACCAUCAUGCUGGACUCCGGUGACAAGAUGCUGCUGGCCAACUUUGGCAUAUCCACCUUCCUCAGCUCGGCCGUCCUGCUGGCCGCAUGGUACUACAAGAAACCAAAGAAGGACUAACCAACCAACGUCUACCACCCUUUGCGUCGUUUUCGACGACGGCACAAUCGAUUUGCUCAAGCGUAACCGGCACCGCCGCUAGCUGCUUGCUGCUUCGAUCGGAAUUCGGUGGAGAAAGGAAGUCUCAACGCAAACCAAACGCUUAUCACACACGCACCAAAUGAAGUGACUUGCCUUCGGAAGGAGGCAUUGAUGAUUGAUUGCAAAGCGAUGCUACGUCUCAUUUUUGCACGCUUCAGUUACCAGAUAGGGAUAUUUAUCGAACAAUUUUAACUAUAUUGACCCACGAGAUUCUACUAAUUACGAACGAACAUAAAUAAAAC